AUGUUACCUCUCCUCAUAACUUACUUCACUGUCUUCACCUUUCUUCAUCAACAAACCUUCUGCGACCAAUCCCAACGUUCCUUUUCUCUUCCAAAGAAUCAAUGCAACGACACUUGUGGUGUCUUUCAAAUCCCAUUCCCCUUCCACCUCAACACUUCUUGUUCUUCUCUUUCAACUGCUUUCCGUCUUUCUUGCGUGAAUUCCUCGACCCUUUACCUCACUAUUGGUCGGGAAAGCUAUCGCAUUAUCGAUUUCUUCAGUGACGGUCUGAUAGUGGACUUUCCCGGCGGUUCUACCUGCCGCCAGUACAACGACUUGAAUUCAUUUGGGUUUGCCGGAAACGAGUAUUUCGGAAUCUCGGUUGAGAACGUGGUUGGCCUGUAUGACUGUGAAGAUUCUUCGCUGUGUAAAGCUGACUGCGAGACCGACGACCUUCCUGGUUGUGACGGCAACGACGGCGGCUCUCUUGCCUGCUGCUAUCCGUUGUCUGAUCAGAGUGUGUGGCGUUUGGGAGAUGGGUUCUCUGCUUUCUCAAAGUUUGGUUGCAGGGGGUUCUCUUCUUGGGUUGUCUCGCGAGGAACAAAUGCAGGGAAGCGUGGUGUGAAACUGGAAUGGGCUGUUCCCAGAAAUAUGUCCAACAACAUUUGUGAUACCAAUACUCACAUUGUCAAUGCUACCGCCAUUGAAGCAGGCGUGAGGUGCUCAUGUCAAGAUGGGUUUGUAGGUGAUGGAUUUGCAAAUGGAGUUGGAUGCUUGAGAUCUUGCUUCAAGGACGGCCGGGAAGCACAAGGCGAGGAAUGCUUUAGCAAAAAGCAUAGUGACAAAAAGCUGGUAAUCGUCACAGGAGUUGUUGCUCCAGCUUUCAUUGUUGGCUCUUUGUUAGCACUUCUUUAUAUGCUGAGAAAACCUCUUAAACCAAGCACAUAUGAUUCUGAACAAGCCCAUUUUCACAGCACCAUCUCCUUCCGCAAAGCAUGUAGGACUCGACUAUUUACAUACCGCGAACUCAAAGAAGCAACCAAAGGAUUCGAAGAUGGGCAGAAGCUCGUCGACGACACACUCUACGCAGGGGUUUUGGGAGAUGGCUCACAUGCAGUUAUUCACAAAGUACAAUGUCAAAAUGAAAGAGACCUUAUUGAGAUCCUAUCAGGAAUAGAGGUUCUAUCUUCAGUCCUACAUAGGAACUUGGCUAGACUAAUUGGCUGCUCUAUUGACUUUGGCUACGCACCAUUACUGGUUUAUGAGUAUCCUGCAAAUGGCACACUAGAGGAACAUCUGCACCAAAAUAAAGGCCAAUCAAUUGGGCUAGACUGGAACAAGAGGCUCAACAUUGCAGCUGAAACGGCAAGUGUUCUAGCUUUUCUCCAAUAUGAAAUCUCUCCUCCUGUUUUCCACCAUAAUCUCGAAUCCAGUUACAUCCUUCUGGACAAUGAUUUCUCUGUUAAACUUUCUGGGUUUUGGUUUCUUUCUUCACCCAGUAUUCCAGAUGGAAGUUUUUCACAUGGGUUGCAUCACAAAAAUGAUGUGUAUGACUUUGGGUUGAUACUUUUAGAGAUCAUUACUGGGUCUAAGCAGUUGGAUAUGACAACAGUGGCAUUGCAGAACAUCAGAAGUGGGAAACUAGAAGAAAUUGUUGACCCAUGUCUGUACUAUCACGAGCAAGCAAGUAAUCGAAGAGAGCAGAUUGAGAAAGUUGCAGAUGUUGCAACAAGGUGCUUGUUGUUUGGUGUAGAUGGAAAAAUUGGGAUGAUUGAUGUUGCAAAGGAGCUGGUUCAUAUUGUGAAAGAGAAUAAUGAUGGAUGUAGUAAAAUAGGAGGUGCUUUGGAAGAAACUUUCUCUAAUUCAAGCCUCCUCCAGAUGAUCUCAAUGUCACCUGACUCCAUAUAUGUGCCUUGA